AUGGGAAUAGCAGAUAUCCUUGUGAUACCACCAGGGAGAACUGGAGCAAGAGGUAUUCUGUUUCGAGCCAAUGUACCUCGUUUUGGAACCGCUGACCCCACGUAUGGAAUGUCGUAUUCCUUGAUGGUUGGAAUUCAGUCGAUGUCAUGUCCUGCUUUGGUGUCGGAUGCACAAGGAUCCACACCAGGUGCCCAAAAUAAGGAAUCAGCAGAGUCGAAUAGACAGGUGGUCGUUCAACUCACGCGACUAUGCAAUCACUUAGGGGAACCUCAGAUGAUCGGUCGACAGCCUCCUCAAGCUCAUAGGCAGGUGGUUGUGCACACACCUACAGAAGACGAUUCAUUGGAUGAAGAGAUAGUAACACAGAAUCAAAUCUCCAGGUGGAAACCAAAUCAAGGUGGAGUACAAGGAAGGCAACAAGUUGUGAUGGUGGGUCGACAACAGGAUGCUGAUCAAUUUGUUGAGCAGUAUCAACAGGAAGAAGUAGCCAUGGAGAAUAACCUUACUACAAUGAUUGAAAGGAUUAUGGCUAGAAAUGGAAUGAAUACUCCAUUACAAAGGCCGACAUAUUCUUCCCCGUUAGCUGAGUAUAUUGUACAGACAGAGAAUCCCAGGGGCUGGAAAAUACCUAAAUACACCAAGUUCGGAGGAGAAAUUGGAGAAUCAACAAUCGAGCAUAUUUCUAGAUAUGUGACUGAAUUAGGAUACAUGGCGAAUAACGAAAGCCUCAGAGUUAAGCAUUUUCCAUCAUCUCUUACAAAGUCAGCGUUCACCUGGUUCACUACAUUACCCCCCAACUCUGUCGACUCAUGGCCAAAAUUGGAAAAACUUUUCCAUGAGCAGUUUUAUGAAGGCCAUUCAAAAAUCAGUCUGGUUGAAUUUUCGAGCGUCAAAAGGAGGUUCGCAGAGACCAGGUGCCUGAGCAUGAGCUGGUUCAGAUGGCGGCAGGAGGUUUAG